ACUGUGUAACAAUCUAAAUCCUUGUUGCAAACACAAAAAGAUAAUGGCGAUUUCUAUUUCUUGUUCACCCUGUUCUUCAGUUAACACUAUGCUUUCUCUCUCUUCAUCAUCACAAUGUUUGCCUUCAAAACUCUUUUUCAAACCCUGCAAAAGUUUUAUGCUGAAUUCCCGCCCUGGAAUUGUGGUUAAUUGUGCUUCUUCUGAUAUGGGUUCCUCCUCUUCGUCUGAUUAUGAAAGUUUUAGGCAAGCUCAUUUGCCAUCUUUUGGGUUGUCAUCAAAUGGAGAUGCGCGGAAACCAUCAUAUAAAUGGCAAAGGGUGCUGCUUAAAGUUAGUGGGGAAGCUCUUGCAGGAGAUAAUGCACAGAACAUAGAUCCCAAGGUAACAAUGGCAAUAGCAAGGGAGGUUGCAUCAGUGACAAGGCUUGGCGUAGAGGUUGCUAUUGUUGUUGGUGGUGGAAAUAUUUUUCGAGGAUCUACUUGGGCUGGAUGUAGUGGCCUUGACCGUUCUUCUGCUGAUUAUAUCGGGAUGAUGGCCACUGUUAUGAAUGCAAUAUUUUUACAGGCAACGAUGGAGAGUAUUGGUAUCCCAACACGUGUCCAGACUGCAUUUCGCAUGUCUGAGGUUGCUGAGCCCUACAUACGUAGAAGAGCCAUAAGACAUUUGGAGAAAGGGAGGGUUGUAAUAUUUGCAGCUGGAACUGGAAAUCCAUUCUUCACCACUGAUACUGCUGCGGCUCUUCGAUGUGCAGAAAUUAAUGCCGAGGUGGUGCUCAAGGCAACAAAUGUGAAUGGAGUUUAUGAUAAAGAUCCGCGGCAAAACUCAGAUGCGAGGCUGCUGGAUACCUUGAGCUAUCAAGAUGUUAUAACAAAGGAGCUCUCUGUAAUGGACUUGACUGCCAUUACACUGUGCCAAGAGAACAACAUUCCUGUUGUUGUGUUUAAUCUAAACGAAGAAGGUAACAUCUCAAGAGCAAUACAAGGAGAGAGAGUAGGAACUAUUAUCGGAGGGCAGCGCAGGGCAGCUACAGCUGAGUUACAACAAUAAGCUUCCAAGGUUGAUGAUAAUUCUAGAAUUUCUAGUUACUUACAAUAGCUUUAGCUAGCUAGCAAGAUAUGUAGGUCUAUCCCUUGCUUUUGAUUUUUUGAUACUUUAUUAAGGAAGUGUAUAUAUGAACAAUCUUGAAGACAUAUUCUUUGCUUAUCAAGCAUUCUAUGGUCCUAGCCGUGAUUCUAGUGCGUUACGAGAAAGUGAGUUCGGCUUAGCCUGUUAGCCACCCCUAGGCCGAAUAAAAUGUGCUGUAUUCUGUGGAUUUUUUACGGCGAGAUUCGAAUUAAUCCUCUUGUAAAGCAUGAGAUUAUAUUUAAGACACUCUAUACUUAAUUCCGAAUUGUGGUUAGUA